UUAGCAGUUUAUUUUUGUUUUCACUGCCGGAUAUCAAUGAAUAUUUUAUUUAAAGGAAGUCAGAUAGUCUGCAACAGAUACUUAAUGUGACUACAUAUAAAAAGAAAAUUUUUCAGUGAAAAUACAUAAUCAUAAACUUUUUAAUAGAAGCAACAUAGAGAUGUUAAAGUCAGUGAUUGUGUUUGUUUUCUUCGCAAUUUUAAGUGUUGUAAUUCCAGCAUCUUCAACUUCUAUACAAUACACUUUCGAUACCCAACCACUAUCUCUCCUGAACGAUGAUAAUAAUAAUUACAUAGCGCCUUAUAUGGUCAGUAUAAAAUUAAAUGGCGUCCAUAUUUGCAGCGGAGUAAUAAUUACAAGCUGGGAUAUUCUAACAUCAGCCCAAUGUGUUUAUUCAUUUAAAUCAUUACCAAAUAAAUUAUUUUCAAUUCAAGCUGGUAGUAAAAAUCGUUAUAAAGAUGGCUCGACAUAUUACGCUCAGUCAAUAGACUUACACGAUUCAUUUAAACUUAAUGACUGUACACUACCGGACGGUAAUAUUGCGAGAAUUCGUCUUUCACAUCCAAUUACUUUUAAUGACUACUGUAAUCGGACUUGUAUAGGGUUAAAAAAUAUUGAAAAAUCAGCUGUGAUUAAUGAGGAGGCCAUUGUUGGCGAGUGGAUCGACAAAAAAAUUGAGACUUUGAAUAAUUUGAAGUUAAGUAACUGGAGUAUUAUUUCAGAUGAAGAGUGUAAUAGUUAUUAUUCAUUUAUGGGUAAUGUUACAAGUAAUGCACGACUUUGUGGGGUUAAUAAUUACAAAGAUGGCGACGUUAGUAUCUGUCCUGGUGAUUUAGGAAAUCCUUUGAUGAUAAAUGGCGAACUUGUUGGUAUUAAAUCUUGGAGAAUGGGUUGUAAUUUUCCCGAAGCGCCGGUUAUUUUUCAAAAUAUUAGAUUUUAUUAUGAUUGGAUUAAAGCUAAAAGUCAUGGAGCUCUUUGCUAGUAUCACAUAAUUACAAUAAUAGACAUUUAUUUAAAAAUUUUUGUUCGAAAAAUGAAAAUUUUUGGAGUCGAAGCCUUUCAUAAUAUGGCCGCCAUUACAAAUUUUUUUGCAGCAUGCAAAUGUAAGGGAGGUAAAAUUGGCCCAGAAAAUUUGUUAAUACUUAGGGGCGUUGUUGAUCUCGCAAAAUUUUUGUGUAAAUUUGAAAUUUAAAGAAAAUUGUAAUCAAAUUUUUCUGGACAGCCAUUUUUAAAUUUUUCUUUUCGAGAGUUCAUCUAAUUGGUUCUGUUUUUGUUUUUGAAAUUAAUUUGAAAUUUAUUUUUAUACAACUCGACAUGCGAACAGAAAAUCAAUUGGCGCCAUCUGUUGGCGAAAAUAAGAAGUAACUAAAAAGUGGAAAAAUUAAUUUUAAGAAAGAAAAAAUAUUGACGGGGUAUUUAAUAUAAUUAUUUUUAUUUUCAAAAUGAUAUAUUUUAACAAAAAAAUUAUUAUUAUUCUAAUUAUUAAAUUUUUUAAAUUGCCCGGCUGUCAUUACAAAUUUUUUUUCCCGCAUGCAAAUGUAAGGGGGGUAAAAUUGGCCUACAAAUUUUGUAAAUACCCAGGGGCGAUAUGGACCUCGCAAAAUUUUUUUUUGAAAAUUCGGAAUUUAAAAAAAAUUGUAAUUACAUUUUUUUUGACAGCCAUUUUAGAAUUUUUUUUUUCGGGAGUUCAUAUUAUCGGUUCUAUUAUUAUUUUUUAAAUUAAUUUGAAAAUUAUUUCAAAACGACUCUACAUGCGAACAGAAAAUGAAUUGGCGCCACCUGUUGGUAAAAUUAAGAAAUAAUUCGAGAAAUUAAAAAAUUUGUUUGAAGAAAAAAAAAUUUUGAAGGCGUAUUUAUUAUAAUCAUUUUUAUUUUCAAAAUUAUAUAUAUUAACAAAAAAAUUAUUAUUAUUAUUAUUAUUAUUAAUUAUUAUUUAUUAUUAAUAUUAUUAAUAAACACCACACUAAUAAAAAAA